ACAGACACACACACACAGACACACACAUACACACACUCACACACACAGACUGAAUGCAGUACGCAUACACACAGGAGAGAAGAGUGAGUAAGCCGUGUCCCGCCUCCACACUGUACUGUAAGGGAGGCAAGAUGAAGGAAGGAAGCAUAAUAAAAAGAAACUGAAUUACACACAGAGCUUGCUGAAUGCAGAUUACUGCACUGCUCUUGCUGCAGCCUGUGCUGGAUUCAUUGAAAGGGAUUUUUGUUGUUUUUUUUAUUUUUUUUUUAUAUUAUUAUUAUUAUCUUGUUGCCCUGGCUAUGCAGCAUAUGUGUAUGGCUUUUGCAAGGCAUUGAAUUAGUGGGAGUGAGCACACUGCUGCUGCAAGAGCUUGGAUCGGAGGAGAAAAAAUUGCAUUUGGGUCCUUGCUGCGACCGCAGGGUCACCUGGGUGGCCCCAGAAGCAUUUGUUUUUCCCAGAGAUGCUUAUGUGACAUUUGGCCACUUUUACUGAUGCAUCCGGGGGCCCCUGAACCUUUCAGAUCAUCUAACCUCUGUAUUUGUGGAAGUUCUUUCAUGGAUUCAGAUGAUCAGGGAAGUCCAACAGCAGAACCGUAUUUGGGGAAGCGAUGUGAAGAAGGGAAUGUCCCUUGAUCGAUGAUAAUGAAAACACCUUUAGGGGGGAAAUUACUGUAAAUUUACAGAACUCCACUGGAAGGAAGAGGAGGAGGGGGGGAUGAAGAAUGAAAAGGCAUCAGAGUGACACCGCUCACGCAACUAAAGUGUAACAGUUGUGGACCUUGCUUUGAGAUCUGGUUGAGGUGCGACCUUAUUUUAUUUUUCUAUUACAAUUUUUUUUUUGUAUCGUUAGAUUCCUGCCAGCCGGUCUUGGAAAUUAAAAAAUGGCUAAUCCCAGGAGAGGAGGGUACGAUCAUCGGGAGAUAGUGGUGAAAUACAUCCAUUAUAAGCUGUCACAGAGGGGCUAUGAGUGGGAAGAAGGGCGACACUUAACUGUCGCACUCUCAGAAGCUUCUGCUGCUGCUAACAAUAAUUCUUUUAAUGUUGAAGAGGUGUCUGUGACCCCGGGAGGUCCAACUGGACAUCCACCUGCUUCAAAUUUGCCUGCUGCUUCCUCUUCAGAUGAUGAAACUCCAAGUGAUGAAACUCCAAGUGAUGCUCCAGUCCUAGACAAUGCACCUGCUGCUCACAGAAGUACCACAUCUGCUGCUUCCUCUGUCCCUUUACCCCAAGCAGAAGUAGAUCUUUCCCAGAGGGACUUAAAUGCCCCCCAAGAUGCCAACCAACCGCUAGAUGAUAAUAAUGAGGAAUACGUCCCCUUACAACCCCUUCCCCGGGAAUUAUUUCAGACACUGAGGCGUGCAGGAGAUGAGUUCUCCGGUAUGUACCAGCAGGACUUCAGACAUAUAUCGGGGCUUCUCCAUCUUACCCCAUCCACAGUUCGUCUUCGCUUUGCUGCUGUGGUGGAGGAGCUUUUUCAUGAUGGGAUAAACUGGGGCCGUAUUGUGGCUUUCUUCGAAUUCGGAGGAGUUAUGUGCGUGGAAAGUGUCAACCGAGAGAUGUCUCCUCUGGUAGACUCCAUUGUUGGAUGGAUGACUGACUACCUGGACAGACAUCUGCAGAACUGGAUCCAAGAGCAGGGAGGAUGGGAGGCUUUUGUUGAACUGUAUGGCAGCAGUGUCCGGCCACCAUUUGAUCCUUCAUGGCUGUCCAUCAAGACCAUCCUAAGUAUUGCCGUCGUUGGAGCAUGCAUCACUCUAGGUGCCUAUUUGGGACACAAGUGAUAAUGUGCACGGCCUCUAAUCUAACGUCACGUAUUUAAAGGGACACUUCUACGUAUAAGACUAAUGGACCAACUGUCAAAUCAGCUAUGACUGCCAAAGGAGGAUUUGUUUCUUUCUUUUAGAUGUGUUUUCUUUUUGUAGUUAUAUUUAUUAAAUUUGUUUGCAUUUCAUGUUAAGCCUCACCAUCAGAGUAUCAUACCUGUUGUGCUAGAAAAGUAACUAGUUGCUUGUCACUUUAAUUUUUUUUUCUACCUUUCACCUCCAUUACCAGGCUGGUCUGGUUGCCAGAAUAUUUAGUAAAAUGCAAAUCUGUAUCUAAAUCAAACAAGUUUAGCCAGAACAUGAAAAGAAUACAGACUAAAACUCUAUCUGACUAUUUUGGCUAUGGCUGUCAUAAUGGUUUUAUUGGAUCAUCGCUUUUAAGAACAUCAGUGUUUUUUAAAGGAAGCCAUGAUUAAAUCCAGGAUUCAACACUGUUUAAAGAACAGCAAAAUAAAUAUAGACAUAGGCAUAUUCUAAUCAAAAUGAAUGACCUUUUCAGUACCUAAAGGACAGUUUUGGUAAGAACCGUUAAGUGGAGUAGAACAGAUGAGUACGAUUGGCCAAUUUGCACAUGUGUCUAAGAGAUCAAUGGGCCUUAAAGGGCAAAGAAAGGCACAGAUUACAUGACAAUUAACAGAAAAACCCCUCUGCCCACUCCUCUGAUUGAGUCUUACUGAAGUUGCCUUAACUAUGCCAUAUUUAUCAUAUGUAAACAGCAUAUUUUCUAAACGCCUUUCAUUUCCAAUUGGAUAUUAAGAUAUUAUUAGCCCAAUUAAAGCAAUGAUGUCAGUAUAGUGUUCACGUGCAACGCAACUUUGUUGAGCUCUUUCAGACAAAGCUGUGACCCUUGUGAUUCCAUCCAGUUACCAAAAUAAAUUGUUUGUAAAGAAUGUCAAACCUCUGAGACCUCUGCCUUUAGCAUCGUUAACAUGGAGGUAAUUGUUUCUAUAAUGAUCACAUUCAAAAUGGGAUCAUAACUUUGUGUCAAACUUUGUGGUGCUGUCAGCUCCAGUUGGAUUUAUGCACAGGGUUUUUUGAGUUGUAGUAUCCAAAUCUCUGGCUUUGGUAGGAAAGCCAGGCAUAUCUGGCAACCAGACAAAAAAAAA